GAAUCCGACGAUGAUGAAAUAAAAUAGGAUGGCGAAAAAUCACUUUUUCUUGCAGAUCUUUAAAUUUUGUUCAACUCGGUAUAUGGAACGGUGACUGAGUUUAGAUAACAUCCACUCUCCGUGUGACUGCACAAAUCUCCAGAACUUUGAGAAUUUAACGUCAAGUUGAAGAAUAUUUUUAUUUCACAGAAGACCAGGGUAUUGAAUUAAAUGGCUGAAAAACAAAUCAGUUUACCUGCUAAGCUGAUCAACGGGGGCAUUGCAGGGUUAAUUGGUGUCACCUGUGUCUUUCCCAUCGACUUAGCGAAAACACGGCUUCAGAACCAGCAGAAUGGCCAACGGAUGUACAACAGCAUGUCUGACUGCCUCAUUAAGACAAUCCGAUCAGAUGGCUAUUUUGGGAUGUAUCGAGGUGCUGCUGUGAAUCUUACCCUAGUUACACCUGAAAAGGCCAUCAAGCUCGCUGCAAAUGACUUCUUCCGUCAUACGCUGUCUAACGAUGGGAAGAAGCUGACUUUGUUGAGGGAGAUGCUGGCAGGCUGUGGUGCCGGGACCUGCCAGGUUAUCGUAACCACACCCAUGGAGAUGUUGAAGAUUCAGCUGCAAGAUGCAGGUCGUCUUGCCGCCCAACAGAAGCUGAUGGCAGCGCAGGCAGUGUCAAGCUCCCCCUCGGGAAGCCCUAUUUCCAGUGCAAGUCAUGCUACCUCUGCUAUCAAGUCCCCAGAGACUGCCACGCAGAUCACCAAAGAGCUGCUCAGAAGCAAGGGAAUUACUGGCCUUUACAAAGGCUUAGGGGCAACGUUGCUAAGGGAUGUUCCUUUCUCCAUCAUCUACUUCCCACUGUUUGCUAAUCUUAACCAGCUGGGGCAGAAGAGUGUAGACGAGAAAGCUCCAUUUUAUGUUUCCUUCAUCAGUGGCUGUAUUGCAGGCAGCACAGCAGCAGUGGCAGUAAAUCCCUGUGAUGUAAUAAAGACCAGGCUUCAAUCCCUUCAAAGGGGUUUGAACGAAGACACAUACUCAGGAAUAAUUGACUGCGCCAGGAAAAUCUGGAGAAAUGAAGGACCUGGAGCUUUCCUGAAAGGUGCAUACUGCAGAGCACUGGUUAUCGCCCCCUUAUUUGGUAUUGCACAAGUUGUUUACUUCCUGGGAAUAGCAGAGACCUUAAUAGAGAUGCUACCAAGCAGACAAUAUUAAUGAACGUGGAGCACCUCAGCGAGACAUCCAGCCUGGUUCCACAGGAUUAUGUAUGUCACUUGAACAGCACAGUUUUUGGAAACUACAACUUGGAUCACCGUCCUCUUCCCUAUUCUACCCACCCUGCCUCCACCACCUUCAUCACAAAAUAGUUCCCACUUUUCCCAAUCAUUCCAAAAGACUGUCAGUAUUUUUUUGUUUGUUUUGUUUUUAAAUUGUUAACACUUUGAAGAAAAUGUGUCUGGGGCUAGAUAGCACCAGAUAUCACUGCAAUUGUUAUAGUCUGUUCCCUUAAGUUGGCCAGUACUGAUACAACAGAAAUCUUUUUGAAGGGAUCAUCUUCGGAGAAAGCAGAAGGCCUUUGCAACUAAUAAUUUCCAUGUGGGAAACAACAAUAAAUGAGCCAGAUUGAAUUUCCAAUAGCAGAACACAGGGUUUGUGAUACUUUUACUUUGGGCUUCUGUGCCUAGGUGCUGAGUGGCAUUAUUUUUAAACAAUGAAAUGGAAUGGUCCAUCUUGAGUCCACUGAACUUUCAACAUGUUGGUUAUUGGAACAACAGGUAAUUUAGUCUUCUAAUCUAGAUAAUUAAGUUUGACUGUACAAAAUGAACAGUAAGGCAUUGGCUGCCCAUUAGAUGACUUUUCUGAUUGUAUUUGCAUGAGAUGUUUUGAAAUUCAAUGUAAGAUGGGCAUUUAAUGACUAGCUGAUGUGGUGUCGUACGUUCCAUUUCCUACUGUUGUUAAAUUUCAUCACCCUCAUUCCUUACCAGAUGUCUGGAUAUGUUUUUUUUUGUUGUUGUGAAAAAUGUGACUUAAGACAACAUAAAUAGAAAAUGCAGAGAGUUUGGGACCCUGUGA